CAGGAAUCAGUUUCACUCCCUCUUCUCGAAUCACAGGCAAUACAAGCCGAUGUGGCGAACGCUCUUCUCAGCGAUCGAUCUCAACGGCGACAACGUGAUUGACUUUGAGGAAUUCCUGACGUUUGUCACACAGUUGAAGCGCGGCGGUGCAGAGGGCAAGCGAAGACUUUGCUUCCGGCUCUUCGACUCGAACCAGGACGGCUUUGCCGAGAAGGCAGACUUUCGCUGCAUUUUGGAGACCAAAAUUGCGGUGUUGAGGCGCCCUUCAUGGCAGACGAGCACCAUGGUGUCCACGAGCACAACCGAAGCCCCCGAUGAGUACAUGCAAUUCUUCACUCUGUGCGACGAAGAUUCGGAUGGACGAAUUUGCUAUGAGGACUUUGAGACCUAUUGCGCGGUGCACGGCGAAGGGAUCGUGACCCAAACGCUGAAGAUCUUGGAGGUGAUGUUCGAUGGCGUGAUUGAGGAGACCGGUAUCAUCAUCACGGCCACCGAUGUACGCAACACCAAGCCUCAUAUCGACUGGCAGGAUCAUCGCAUGAACAUGGGAUCCUUGUUUUGCUGCAGCUCUUCUUCACCGGUCUUUACCACAUCUCCGGUGGCGUGAUGAGCUGAACGAGUAGCCGUGGCGCUGGAGAGACGAGUAUUUUCUGGGCUGGGC